AUGUCUGCAGACCAUCACGACUACCCCAGCUCUCAUGCGAAACGAGCUCUAGAUGACGACAGCGGAGAUGCCACAAGCCAUCCUUACGUGAAACGCUCAAGAUCAGAUCAUGGGCUCGAAGGCGACUGGCGAAGGCAGUCGGAACCAAUCAAACUGCAGCAUGCCGACUACACUGUAGGCUGGAUUUGUGCGCUUCCUAUCGAACUGGCUGUGAGCCAAGCCAUGCUCGAUCAUAUUCAUCAAGACCUCCCGCCGUGCUAUGGCGACACGAACGCGUACAUCUUGGGGAGCAUUGGGACGCAUAAGGUGGUGAUGGCGUGCUUGCCCUCGGGGCAGUAUGGGACGACCAACGCUGCAGCUGUGGCCAGCAACAUGAUGCGGAGCUUCCCUUCGAUUCAUAUCCGUUUGAUGGUUGGGAUUGGCGGCGGCGUGCCUGGAGAUCCCGAUAUUCGACUUGGUGAUAUCGUUGUUGGUGAUAAGGUCGUACAACAUGAUCUUGGAAAGAUUGUCGGCGUAGAGGGCUUUAAAACAACGGGGACCCCGAUUCGACCUCCUCAUGACUUGUUGAAAGCUGUUUCAAAGCUCCGCGCUAUACAUGAGGCAACGGACAGCCUCAUUCCUAUCUUUCUCGAACAAAUGUUUGAACGCUAUCCUAAACUGAAGGCAUACCAGUAUCCGGAAUCGUGCGACGACCGCUUGUUUCGCGCCACGUACGAGCACGCGCAUACGACGGACUGCAGCGGUUUUCGGGGCAUUUGUGACUAUUCGGAUUCACACAAAAACAAAGAAUGGCAGAGGUAUGCCUCGGCUGCUGCAGCUGCGUACGCAAAGGAACUGGUUUCUAUCAUUAUUCCAAACAACUACAACAACACCCCUAUUACCGAUCCACCGGGGAUAUCCACAGAGGAUUUACAGACCAAGUUUCGGUCUCGUCGCCAAUCAUUGCUGCAGUCCUUACAAUUCGAUCAUAUCGAUAGUCGUCGUGCAAUCAUCAGCACAGCGCAUUUGAAGACAUGCGAGUGGCUUCUCCAGGAUGGCUCCUACCUUAGCUGGAUUAAUUCGUCCAAGCUAAUGGGACAUCACGGAUUCUUGUGGAUCAGCGGAAAGCCUGGUGCUGGCAAAUCCACGAUCAUGAAAUUCAUUUUCAAUCGUACUCUCAAGACACUCGGCAGAAACUGCGUUGUUAUUUCGUUCUUUUUCAAUGCUCGCGGGGGCCUCUUGGAAAAAACAGUCUCUGGGCUGUACCGGUCUCUUCUACUUCAACUCCUCGACAGAGAACCUGGACUGCAAAGCGUCCUCGACGACCUCACCCUUAUCCCACUCAACCAUAAGGGUUGUCCGGCAAUCGAUACUCUCCAAGAACUUUUCCGUGAGGCGAUCAUGGCUCUAGGCUCACGCCAAUUAAUCUGUUUUGUCGAUGCACUUGAUGAAUGUGACGAGGCAGAGGUUCGAAAGCUCGUGGUUUACUUUGAGGGCCUGGAGGAAAUGGCAGCAGCAAGCAAUAUUCGACUGAAAAUAUGCUUUUCAAGCCGGCAUUAUCCUCACAUCGACGUCCGACGUGGCCUGAAGCUAACGCUUGAGAACCAGCCUGGCCACAGACAAGACCUACGACGUUACGUUGAAGACCACUUAAGGGCAGGUGAAGGCCUAUACGUCGAAAAUAUUCGGUCUGAACUUCUUCGUAAGGCGGGGGGCGUAUUUAUGUGGGUUGUGUUGGUUGUCGAAAUCCUCAACAAAGAAUUUCUGUCGGGUCGCAGGGACAAAGUCGAGAGAAGACUGCAAGAGAUACCACCGAAGCUCAGUGAGCUUUUUAAAGAUAUCUUGCGACGCGACAACGACAGUAUAGAGGAAUUCUUGCUCUGCUGUCAAUGGAUUCUCUUCGCAAAACGUUCUUUACGUCCCAGAGAAUGGUACUUCGCCAUGUUGUCUGGGCUAUCAGAUGGUCAAGAUGGUCCAAUUCCCUAUGACCCGGAAAUUGUGUCCGACGAGGACGUGGACCUUUUCGUCAACAGCUCUUCAAAAGGACUUGCAGAAAUAACCAAGUCUACACAACCAAUUGUACAGUUCAUACACGAGUCUGUAAUGGACUUCCUCGUCAAGGAAAAUGGCUUGCAGCAUCUUCAGCUCGGCCUCGAAGCGAAUUUCCAGGCUCAAAGUCACAACAGGCUCAAAUAUUGCUGCAAUUCAUAUAUCACGAAGAACAUCACAGAGGAGUGUCAGCAUCUGGUUGCAAAUAGGAAUCACAUGAGAGAUCACGCACAGGACUCUUGGAACGACUACCCCUUCCUCGGGUACGCAGUUGAGAGCGUACUUUACCAUGCCGAAAUUGCAGCGGAGGUGGUGCCGCAGGAUGACUUCAUCGACAAGUUCUUGGUCUCGGACUGGCUGUAUAUUGCCAAUCAUCAUUCGCUUUCGGGCCCUCUCAACGACUACGCGUACACGACGUCACUACUGUAUAUCCUCGCGGACUUGAACAUGAUCAGGCUGCUGGAGGACAACUCAGGAUCGACUCCGCUUCUGUUGGCUAUUAUAAAUGCCAACGAAAGCGUCAUUCGCGUCCUCCUCGCUUCGGGCGCGAAUUCCGACAAAAGCCUUACCCUUCCCAAUAGUUUUCAGUUCGCCGAUCCUCAAAAAUUCACAAAGUUCACUGCAAACAUUCUCGUUGAACAACGCAUGAUCACUGAGUGGGCACUUCUCUUAAUGGCUUCUCGAGCGGGGCUGGAAAACAUCAUCGACCUUGUGGUUAACAGAGAGAACUUCUUCACCGAUGCUGAUCAUGACGGAGCAGAAGUUCUUCAAGCGGCUGCAUCGGGUGGUCAUUCGGGAACCGUUGAUCUACUCAUUUCGAAGGGGGCAGGCAAGAGAAGUCGACGAUGGAACAGCCAUGGUCUCCUUCACCAAGCAAUUCUCGACGGCACUCCCUCGGAGGUCAGGAUCCUCCUUAGGAAUGGCGCAGAUGUCGACGCACCAGAUCCUAAUGGCGAAACACCCCUUUACGCAGCAUGUUCUAGUGAACGUAAACAUAUUGUCAGAAUUCUCCUUGAAAAUGGUGCAGAUGUCGACACUCAAGAUGCGUCUGGCCGAACGUCUCUACACGCAGCAUGUAAGGUUGAACAUAAGGGAAUAGUCAAGAUCCUUCUAGACCACGGUGCAGAUGUCAAUAUCGAGGAUGACUGGGGCCUCAGAUCAGCCUGCAUUGCGGAUAAAUAUGGAAACGACGGCAUAAAGAAGCUUCUUAUCGAGAAAGGGGCGGUCUGCCCUGGAAAAGAUGGUACCCUGUAUUCACUGUUUGGCCAUGGACAUGGACAAAGUUCGUGA